UAAGAGCUUACGUACAUGUGUCAUAUUUCUACAUAAUAAUCCCUGAAUAUGUUUUUCGUGUACUUUUACCUGGUUUUAUCUAUUCGAUCGAUAAUUUAAAAGGGUCAAAUUUACAUUUAACAUAUUAAAAAUUGAAAUGAGAUAGGUAGACGGACGCAUCACAUGAUAAUAAAAUGGCAGCUGUUGACAGGAAUACAUGUAGUUAAAUAUGUCAACAUAAAAUAUGUCAACAUGGGCUGCUGUUUCUCCUCCGAGAAUGGUUUGGAACCAUCCUCUACGUCAAGUUUAUUGAGUGGUCCACAACGUAAAUAUGUUGACAAUACAGGGCCUCCUUCGUCAGCUAGACAAUAUCGGCCUCCUGAUAGAAAAGACACAAUUCCGGGAGAUGAUGAUGGCUUGGUCGUAUCUAAAAUGAAACCAAUCGUCAUCCAAUCAAUGAACAAGGCGUUCCAAGACCAUGAGAAGUUAUAUGACGAUAUAUCAAAGAGUUACCAGGACAUGUUGAAUGAUCUGCAUUCUUUUAAAUCAGCAUUUGAUGAAGAAUCUUCAGGAAUUCUAGAAAUGGCAGAAUGUGUUCGAAUAUUAGUCCAUAGAUAUGGUCAAACAUCACUAGAAGUACGGAGAAGAAAGUACUGUGUACAGAUUAUAUUUUCUGAAGAGACAUUAAUGAAAAAUUCACUGAAAGACCCACAAGAAAUCAUAUCCUCUCUCAAGCAUUUCAACUCAAUGAACAAACAUUUAGAAAUAGUCCUAAAGGAUGCUCAUAGUAUCCAGAACUCUAUCAGAAUUUUAUUAAAAGACAAAGAAUCUAUGAAACUACAAAUAAUUAAGGAAGAUUUACCAGUAGAUCAAGGACCUGGUGUUGUGUAUAAUGUUAUAGAAAACAUGAGAACAUUAGAAAACAUGCACAAGAAUAUUGAUGUUAUAAAAAAGAAAUCAGAGGCACAAUUAAAAGACGUUAUUGAAUCCUCAAAAGGUUUUUUUGAAAAUGCUAAAUGAUACAAUUUUCAAAAUUUUAAUGAUAUGAAAAUCUAUAAACUGUGAUAUCAAAUAGUGUAAAUUCAGAUAUUAUAUUUAUAGCAUUGUUUUUUUUAUUGUUGCAAAAAAUGCAACAGGGCUAUAAUUGCAGUUAUUUAUAAUUCGCAUUUGAAAAUUUUUAUAUGAAUCAACCAGGAUUUUUUAAAAUAUCGCAAAAUGACCAAAUUGCAAUAAUAAAUGCACGCAAUAUUUCUCACUUUAAAGUAGUGUUUUUAUAUUUCAAUUUACGAACUUUAAAGUAAG